AUGCGCUGCCUUAUUCUGCUCGCACUCCACAUCUUGACUGGUUCUGCUGCAUCAGAAUGCCUGUAUAAUGGCAAAAACGAUUACGUCGGUUUUGUGAAAGACGCACCACAGCAACUUGUUGAAGUAUUGGAGAAACAUCUCGGAAACAAGCUUCCUAAAAACAAUGUAUUCGAACAAUAUACUACUGUGGAAGAUAGUAGAGAUUUUGUCUACCUGUCGGGAGAAAACGGACUUAGAAUUGUAAAAUUCGAAAAAGUGGGCCCAAUACUGGGUAGUGGUGAAAAUAUGGAUUACAAAACAGCAACUACUAAGAUCCAAAGUUGCAAAUCAUUGAGUAGCAAAGGAGCGUAA